CAGGGGGCGCUCGCCGCGAGGCCCUGUAUCCGGCUUGGGAUGCGCUCCGGCGCCGCUUCCUGCUUCCGGUGGCGUGCUGGGUCGCUCCGCGCAGCCGUCAUGGCCGCGGAGGAGAAGGACCCUCUGAGCUAUUUCGCAGCCUAUGGGAGCAGCAGCUCGGGCUCUUCGGGCGAGGAGGAUGACAGCGAGGCGGAGGAGACGAGUCGCCGGGCCGCCGAUGCGGAGGCCAAGCCGGCGGGCGGCUGCGGAAACAAGUCGGAGAAGCGGCUGCCGGGCCCCGACGAGCUGUUCCGCAGCGUGACUCGCCCUGCCUUUCUCUACAAUCCGCUCAACAAGCAGAUAGACUGGGAGCGGCACGUGGUGAAGGCGCCGGAGGAGCCUCCAAAGGAGUUCAAGGUGUGGAAGUCCAGCUACGUGCCCCCGCCCGAGACCUACGCGCAGGAGAGGAAGCCACCACCCCCAGAGCUGGACAUGGCGAUAAAGUGGUCCAACAUAUACGAGGACAAUGGCGAUGAUGCCCCACAGAAUGCUAAGAAAGCCAGGCUCCUGCCGGAAGGGGAAGAGACGCUGGAGUCAGAUGAUGAAAAAGAUGAACAUACUUCUAAAAAACGCAAAGUAGAACCAGGAGAACCAACGAAGAAGAAAAAGUAGAAACCAACAAUUGACAAGGACUUCUGGACUGUUAAACUUGUUCCAGUGUGACUUUGGGCUCAUUAACUUGAUAUUGUGGAUUAUUAUGACAAAGCAUCUCAAUAUGUUAAUGAACUAAUACAUACUGCCUCAAGAACUUUCCACUGCAGAAUUCAUUUUUUUAUUUAAGAUUUGUACGUAUUUAAAAUUCAGUGGAGACCUGUGAUUGUGAAAUUGACAACAUUGGGAAGCAUUCUCACUGAAACAGAAUUGGUGGCAUACUUUGAGUUCUGUCACAUUCAACAUGCCAAUGUUCUAUUUGAACCUUUUAUAAAGGAAUAUAUUUUUUAAAGUAAAUAUGUUGUACUGUGAACCUGUAGGGUGCUUUUCAGCAGUGUACAGUGUAAAUAGAUCAUGAAAAUAAAAUGAUUUAUUCAAUA